GCGAUACAGCGCCCCCCCCCCCAAAUAAACCCGACUCUCUCCUUCACCUCGCCAGCCCCUCGCCUCGGAGGGGCCCCCGAGCUGUCAAUCACGGGGGAUAAGGGCGGGGCUGGGUCUCCUUGAUUAAGUGGGACCGUCCGAGAAGCCCUGAAGGAAGCCUCCCGUUGUCCUCCUCCUCUUCCUCCGCAAGUCCCCUAUCUCUUUCCUUUCAUAGAUUGGGAAGGGGCGUCCUUUUGUCCCCCUCUCUCCCUCCCCCUCCUGUCUCUAUAAAAGCCCUGCCUUCAGAGAAAGCGCGCCCUCAGUGCCAGCGACACCAGGACCAAUCCGCUCUUCGGGAGAGAUUGGAGAGGGAAGGGCUGAAGGAGAGUUAAAGAGCGGGCAGGCAUUUCCCUUUCCGGCCCUGAGACUUGGGCUGCUCUUCUUCCUCCUCCUCUUCUUCUUCCUCACCUGGGGCUGGCUCGGAGGCGUUGAAGGUGGCUGCUGGAGGCGACUCCCCUCUCGCCCAGCCCUCUCCUUCCUUCCCUGGCCCCCUACCAUGAAUUCUGACUCCAGCUCCGUCUCCAGCAGAGCUUCCUCGCCCGACAUGGAGGAGAUGUACCUGCGGGACCACCACCACCACCACCAUCACCACCACCACCACCACUCAGUCUCCUCCACCCAGGGCGAGGCGGGCCAGAAGGGCGCCUCCUCCUCCUCCAACGAAGCCCUGGCCCGUAACAGCUCCAAGUCCUCCUCGUCGUCUUCCUCUUCGUCUUCCUCGUCGUCCUCCUCGUCGGCCGCGGAGGCGGCCAAGUACAAGCUGAAGAAGCAGCUCUCGGAGCAGGACCUGCAGCAGCUGCGCCUGAAGAUCAACGGGCGGGAGCGGAAGCGCAUGCACGACCUGAACCUGGCCAUGGACGGGCUCCGCGAGGUCAUGCCCUACGCGCACGGGCCCUCGGUGCGCAAGCUCUCCAAGAUCGCCACGCUCCUCCUCGCCCGCAACUACAUCCUCAUGCUCACCAGCUCGCUGGAGGAGAUGAAGCGCCUGGUGGGGGAGAUCUACGGCGGGCACCACUCCGCCUUCCACUGCGGGAGCCACGCCGCCGCCGCCGCCGCCGGCCACCCCGCCCACGCCGCCCACGCCGCCCUCCACCCGGUGCACCCGCUCCUGGCCUCGGCUGCCAACCCGCCGCCCGCCCUGCCCGCCCUCCGCGCCCCGCACCCGCUGCUCAAGGCGGGCCCCGCCGCGCCCCCGCCCGCCCUGCAGCUCGGGGGAGGCGGCGGGGGCGGCGGAGGGGGCGGCGGCGGAGGGGGCGCCUUCCAGCACUGGGCCGGACUGCCCUGUCCCUGCAGCAUCUGCCAGGUGCCCCCGCCGCCCCCGCCCCCUCACCUCGCCGGCCUCUCCGCCGCCGCCGCCGCUGCCAGCCUGGCCCGCCUCUCCUCCGAGGCCAAGGACUUGCUCAAGUGAGGAGCGGCGGGAGCGAAGGCGAGCGAGGACGACGAGGAGAACCACACGCCGCGGGCCGAGGGGCGACUGACCCAGGAGGCCCCACGAGGGGCCGGGGACGGAGCGACGCCCCGAACACUGAGCCCGCCCGAGCCCCGGGGUGGUGCCCCGCAUGCAUGCUGCUUCCCUCUCUCUCCCCUCCUCCUUCCCCCUUCUUCCUCCUCUCCCCCCCCCCUUCCGCUUCUUCUUUGACCGGCUGUUAGGAAUGGUGGGAGUUGAAGUUCAAAACCCCCGGAGGGCCCAAGUUUGUCCAUGCCUGAUGCCGAUGAAGCCUCUUUCUGCCUAUAGUGGUACGGCAAUUGGUAGGCAGUUGAAAUUUUUUGAAAAUCGUGUCGGAAGUGACUUGAGAACAUACUGCAAGUCGCUUCUGGUGUGAGAGAAUUGACCGUCUACAGAGACGUUACCCAGGGGAUGCCCGGAUGUGGGAGGCUUCUCUCUUGUCACCCGCAAGGUAUUGCUGACAGAGGGAUGGCAACCUUCAGGUCAGCAACCCAACCUUUAGGUCAGCAGUCCAGUCAGCACUAAGGAUUUAACCUAUUGCACCAUCUCAGCUCCGACAGUUGAGAUGGAGCUGUUGGAAAGAUAGCGCCACCCCCUCGCGGAUUUGAACUGGCAAACUUCAGGUCAGCAGUCCAACCGGCACAAGGGUUUAACCCAUUGCACCACCAGUUGUGAUGGAGCUGUCGGAAGGAUGGCUUCCAUCCCCCUCAUCUAAAUUGUAGUUAAAACCUUCAAAUAAUUUCUCCCUCUUUUUCAGUACAGUAUAAAGGUUAGAGGUAGGACUGUAGGGGGGGGGUUAGGGGUUCAACCCGCCCCACCCCGAAAAUUUUCAGGUUUAAAAAAAAACUGAAUUACUCAUGAAUUGUAACUGAUCAACCAAAUCUCCAUGAGUGGCCACUGAAGUUUAUCGAUGGAGCCUGAUUUCUAAAUUAUUUUGCGUUAUGAAACUACUCUUCGUGAUUUGCUAAAAUAAAAGCCCCCCCCCCCCCGGGAAUUUUUUUCUGGCUAUGGCCCUGGUUAGAGGUACUUCGUUAAGAGUUUGAGAAAGGUUGUUUAAAAAGAUGACUUCCUCGAAUCUGGCCACCGUCCUAGCCAGUGACUAUGCUGGCUAAGAGAUUCUGAGACUCCAAAGCAAAUGUUCCAGGUUCUAUGACGAAGCACUGUUUCUCUUUAAGGUACUUGUUAUUGCUAGCCAGUAAACAAAGGUUGGAUAGAGGGUCGAAUAUUAUUUUGGAUCGCAGCCACGUAAUUUAUCUAUAAAACCCAGGACUAGAUUUAUUGAGGGUGUGCUGCAAGGUGGAUCCAAUAAGAGAAAUCUCUCCAUUACUGAACAGACAUGGCAUGGGUAUCAUGACCUCCACUUCCUGCUACUUUUCCUCUUCUUGUCUUUCUCGUCCUCCUCUUCACUCCUUCUUCCACUCGGGUGUCUCUCCCUUUCUCCUCUCUUCCCCAUUCCGAUCUCCAGCCCCAUCUACACUGUCCCCUUACUGCAGUUCAAAGCAGACCACAAACUCCCAGAGAAGUUGGGUUGCUGUGAGUUUUCCGAGCUGCAUGGCCAUGUUCCAGAAGCAUUCUUUCCUGACGUUUCGCCUGCAUCUAUGGCAGGCAUCCUCAGAGGUUGUGAGGUCUGUUGAUAACUAGUCAAGUGGAAAUUGGGGUUUAUAUAUCUGAGGAAGGUCCAGGGUGUGAAAAAUAACUCAUGUCUGUUGGAGGCAGGUGUGAAUGUUUAAUUGGCCACCUUGAUGAGCAUUGAAUAGCCUUGCAGCUUUAAGGAUCUGGCUGCUUACUGCCUGGGGGAAUCCUUUGUUGGGAGUUGUUAGCUGGCCCUUCCGUGGUCUUGUCCUCGUCAGCCCGGUUCCGGGAUUCCCUCUGUCAUCCUCUGCGAGAGAAACCACUUCCUUCAAGACCCGUUUGGAAGUGUAUGGAAUUGUCAGUGGAGAUGUGCCUCCCCUUCCAGCCUCCCGACAGCCAAGGGUGCCCUGCCUACACUGUCGAAUUAGUGCAGUUCGAAGCCCCUUUCACAGUCACGGCUCCAUGCCACAGGAUCUUGGGGUUUGUUGGCUGGUGAGGUUUGAUAAAGCGACAACUCCCUCGACUCCAGAACAUUGAGUCAAGUGCUGUCCAACUGCAAGAAUUCGACCCAUCAAAAGUCAUUUUUGUAUAAGGGCAUUGACAAAGUAACAGCUUGGUGCUUGAGGGUUGCUGCAAGUUUUCCGGGCUGUAUGCCCAUGUUCCAGAAGCAUCCUCGCCUGACAUUUCACCCACAUCUAUGGCAGGAAUCCUCAGUGGUUGUGAGGUAUUGGAAACUAGGCAAGUGGGGCUUAUAUGUCUGUGAAAGGUCGAGGGUGGGAAGUGUGAAUGUUAAAAAUAAAUCACCCUGAUUAGCAUUGAAAAGACUUGCAGCUUCAAAGCCUGCCUGAGGCCUGCCUGGGGGAAUCCUUUGUUGGGAGGUGUUAGCUGGCCCUGAUUGUUUCAUGUACGGAAUUCCCCUGUUGUCAGAAUGUUGUUCUUUAUUUACUGUCCUGAUUUUAGGGUGUUUUAUCGGGGAGGGCCCUAUAGAUUUCAGCAUCCCUGUCGGAAAAACAAAGGGUGUGUUUGUGUGUAAAUACAUCCUUAAAAAUCUGCAAUGUAGAGAGAACUAGGGCACCAUCUACGCUGCCAUAUAAAAUCCAGAUUAUCUGCUUUGAUCUGGAUUAGAUGGCAGUGUAGACCAGGCAUGGGCAAACCUCGACCCUCCAGGACUCGAAGUCCCACCAUUCCUCACAGCCUCAGGCCCCUUCCUUUUUUCCCUCAGCCCCGUAAGCUGUUAGGAAUGAUGGGAGUUGGAGUCCAAAACACCUGGAGGGUCGAGGUUUGCCCAUGCCUGUGCCUGGUGUAGAUGCACCAUUAGUUUUGGAUGCUCUGAACCCGAAAAAGUGACGUCUCAGACUUAUUGGGCUGGAUAGCACCUUUAAUGUGGAUCCAAGUUAGGAACAGGACUGGCCUUGAGUUUGCCAACAACCACAACAAAUCCCUCUGGCAGGCAAAACCUCUCACCAGAAGGGAAGACGAGUCUCCUCUGCAGCUCCGCGUCAAGUUCUCUCUGCAACAAGCCUUUCAGAGCCGAAGCCUUUGGGAACUCGGACGUCUUGAGAUUCGGGGGCGGCAAGAUUCAAACCACCAUAUGAGCCGAUGCGGAUGGGACCCUGCCCAGUUUGUCCUCUUUCCCUUCCUCUUCUUCCUCCUCCGACGCUUGCUCGAAUCCUCUUUUGCUUAGGACCUCACACAGACGUUGGCCGUGUCUUUAUUUUUUAUAUAUUCUCGAGAACUAUCGUUAUAUUUAUUAUUAUUAUUAUUGAACAGUGUUUCUGGAUGACACUUCGAAUUAAAAAGGAAAAAAGGGGUGGGGAAAUAACCCCACCCACCACCAAGAAACGAAAA